ACUAUACUCCCCAUUUACAACUCUCCAUAUGUUCUUCACCGCUAAGAUGCAGCUGAGUUUGAUUUGAGGGGAAUUUAAGAAAGAAACACCCUCAAGCUGCUUCUGUUUUGGUUUUAUUUUACGUUUAUUUUAAUAUUUUGCAUCCCCAAACUCGUAGUUGUCUGUUCUCCCAAAUGCUUCGCCUGCCAGUCUCGCUUUGCAUGUGGCUGUAUCCGGUGGUUCCAAUUUGCGUCCAGGUGCUUUAGAAGAAAAGGUUGCAGAGGGGCUUUUAUUCUUAUUAUUAUUAUCAGGCUACUAUUGUUAUUUUAAAAAAAAAACAAACAAACUCCUCUUUAGCUUUUGGAAGCUCAUCCACAAAUUUUAUUUCCACGAUGUCUGAUGUGAACGCUGAAUGCAAUAUCAAGGUGUUGUGUCGAUUUCGUCCACUGAAUCAGUCCGAAAUUAUCCGCGGAGAUAAGUUCGUCCCAAUAUUUCAAGGAGAAGAUACUGUCAUCCUCGGGGGGAAGGUGUAUGUGUUUGAUCGGGUGUUCCCAACUAACAGCACACAGGAGCAGAUCUACAACACCUGUGCCAAGCAGAUAGUCAAAGAUGUACUGGGAGGAUAUAAUGGGACUAUCUUUGCCUAUGGGCAGACUUCCUCAGGAAAGACGCACACCAUGGAGGGGAACCUUCAUGAUCCCCAGGGAAUGGGAAUAAUACCACGGAUUGCUGAGGACAUUUUUGAACAUAUAUUUGCCAUGGAUGAGAACCUUGAAUUCCACAUAAAGGUCUCCUACUUUGAGAUCUACAUGGAUAAAAUCCGGGACCUACUGGAUGUGACAAAGACCAAUCUGUCAGUGCAUGAAGACAAACAUAGAGUUCCUUAUGUGAAGGGCUGCACUGAGCGCUUUGUCACAAGUCCUGAGGAGGUGAUGGAUGUGAUAGAUGAGGGGAAGGCCAACCGUCACGUCGCUGUCACCAAUAUGAAUGAGCAUAGUUCCCGCAGUCACAGCAUCUUCCUGAUUAACAUCAAACAAGAAAAUGUGGAGACAGAGCAGAAGCUGAGUGGGAAGCUAUAUCUGGUUGACCUAGCUGGCAGUGAGAAGGUCAGUAAGACAGGUGCCGAGGGAGCGGUAUUGGAUGAGGCCAAGAACAUCAACAAGUCUCUGUCGGCCCUUGGGAACGUCAUUUCAGCUUUGGCUGAAGGAACGAAAUCCCAUGUGCCGUACCGUGACAGUAAAAUGACUCGCAUCCUACAGGACUCACUGGGCGGGAACUGCCGUACCACCAUGUUUAUCUGUUGCUCUCCCUCCAGCUACAAUGAUGCAGAGACCAAAUCCACCUUGAUGUUUGGCCAACGAGCCAAGACCAUUAGGAAUACUGCAUCAGUGAACCUGGAGCUCACAGCAGAGCAGUGGAAGAAGAAAUAUGAAAAGGAAAAGGAAAAGAACAGGUCAAUGAAGGAAACUAUUCAAAGACUCGAGGCAGAGCUGAACUGCUGGAGGAAUGGUGAGAAUGCUGUUGUGCUGGGGCAGCUGUGUGAAGAAACUGAGGAUGCCCCUCUGGUGCUUCCAGAAUCUGAAGAGACAGUUCUUGAUGUAUGCAGCCCCUGCACCCCGUGCUCUAUUUCCUCCUCCAUUGUGGUUCACAUCUCUGAGGAGGAGAGGCAAAAGUAUGAGGAGGAGAUCCGCAAGCUUUACAAACAAUUAGAUGAUAAGGAUGAUGAGAUCAACCACCAGAGCCAGAUGGUGGAGAAGCUGAAGGAGCAGAUGCUCGACCAGGAGGAGCUUCUCGCAUCAUCCAGAGGUGACAGUGAGAGGGUGCAGUCAGAGCUCGGCAGGCUGCAGACAGAAAAUGAAUCUGCAAAGGCGGAGGUAAAAGAGGUUCUUCAGGCCCUGGAGGAGCUGGCAGUCAAUUAUGACCAGAAGAGCUUAGAAGUCGAGGAGAAGAGCAUGCAGAACAAGCUCCUGGCUGAAGAACUUUCUAAGAAAAUGAGUCAUCUCAUGACUUUAGAGGCAGAGUUGUCCCGUAUCCAGGAAGUGAGCAGCCACCAAAGAAAACGCAUUGCUGAGAUUCUAAAUGGACUCAUGAGGGACUUGAGUGAGUUUAGCACCAUUGUUGGAAACAAGGACAUCAAGCUGCCCCUGGAGAUCACUGGUGUGAUCGAGGAAGAGUUCACAGUGGCUCGCCUCUACAUAAAUAAGAUAAAGUCAGAGGUAAAGUCCAUGGUGAAGCGCUGCUGCCACCUGGAAAACCUACAAAUGGAGUGUCACCGCAAGAUGGAGCAGACAGGCAGAGAACUGUCUUCAUGUCACCUUCUUAUUUCACAACAUGAGGCAAAGAUUCACUCUCUAACAGAGUACAUGCAGAAUGUGGAGCUGAAGAAGAGACAGCUGGAGGACAGCUAUGAUUCUCUGACUGAGGAGCUGGCUAAACACCAAGCUCAAGAGAGCAUGUCACAGGUGACCGGGGGGGAGAAUCACACAUCUGUCCAGAACUCCUGCGAUAUAAAGAGGGCUCUGGAGCAGCAGAUGGAGUCGCACCGUGAGGUGCACAGCAAAAAACUUGGCCGCCUGCGAGACGAGAUCAGUGAGAAGCAAAAGAUCAUCGAUGACUUAACAGAUUGUAACCAGAAGCAGCAUCUAGAGCUGGAACAACUGCACACUGACUUUGAACGUCUCAGAAACCAAGAGCAUCACAAGAGCCGGCAGCUGGAGGAAUUGACAUUUCUCCAUGAACGACACGAACAGUCAAAACAGGACCUCAAAGGCCUGGAGGAAACUGUUGCCCGUGAGCUCCACACCCUCCACAACCUCCGCAAGUUGUUUGUUCAAGACCUCACAACUCGAGUUAGAAAAAGUGCAGAGAUGGAGCCUGAUGAUGCUGGGGGAUACAUCACCCAAAAACAAAAGAUUUCCUUUCUUGAAAACAACCUGGACCAGCUUACAAAAGUUCACAAACAGCUGGUGCGUGACAAUGCAGAUCUGCGCUGUGAACUUCCAAAACUGGAGAAACGUCUUCGGUCUACAGCUGAGCGAGUUAAGGCACUGGAGGGUGCGCUGAAAGAGGCAAAGGAAGGAGCCAUGAAGGACCGCCACCGCUAUCAACAGGAGGUGGAGAGAAUCAAAGAUGUGAUGAGAGCCCGCACUCCCUUCCGCCGGCCCCAUGCUGCGCUAAUCGCCAAGCCUGUGCGUCCUGGCCACUACCCAGCCUCCUCUCCCACCAACCCUUUCUUCAUCCGAGGCUUCAGCGAUCAGCCCAUCGCCUUCUGCAACACUGUUUUCCCCAACAGAAACAAUCAAGCAGCCCGAGCUCCUACUGCUCCCGCUGCUCCUUCGUCUCCUUCGUCUCCUACUUCUCCUACUUCUCCUUCAACACCAGAGUGUGAGUCCAGGUUACCCGAGUCAAACUCCAAUCAGAACAGCCCUGCCAAACACCUCAACUUCCAAAACAAUGAUGCACAUUACAGCGAUGUUCAAAACAACAUGUCUCCAGCUGAACCAGCAAGCCAAGCAGACAUCACUUCUGAAAUGCUCGAUUCAGAAAAUGGAAAUACCACAGAUAUCAAUGACAACAGAACUGAUGUCUAUGACAAUCAGAACCCAGCUAAACUCUACAGUCUGCAGCCAGAGGCUUCAGCCAGCUAAUAGUCCUGAGCAGGCAGACAUUUUUUCUGAGGCCUCCUCUGUACAUCUGCAUGCAGCUGAUCACUGUCCUCCCAGACAUUCCUUCCUCUCGUCUCCUCACCUGCUGUAAACAGACCUCCUGUGUCAUUUUUCUGCACCCUGCUUGCUCCCUUUAAUCCUUUCUCAUUUCUGCAUUAUAACGUGUGGGGUGUAACAGUUUUACAAGCACUGCAUCUCAAUCACCUGACCUGGCAACCUACACUUGUACUGCUGCUGCACCCCCUCCCCGAUCGAAAUAUGAAGGGACCACAUAUAGAAAGGUGGGGAAGGGAAGGUGCUGUGUGGUAGGUUUCCACUGGGAUGUGCUGUUUGUCUCAGUGAAAGACACAGUGAGGGACAUUGGUAUUGAGCAUUAUAAUUAUUAUUAAAAUAUCAUCAGUAUCAUUAAUAAACAUUUGGCAUAUCUGAAAACACAAACAACACAGAUGUUUAAAAUGACAGAAAUGUGAAAUAACAUGAAAACAGUGUGAAUCUCUGGCUCACUUUUCUGAUAUUUAUACUUUUGACUGCAUGUUGAUUUUCAAUGUUGGUUGUCAGCAUUUUUCAAAAAGAAAUAUAUUAAAGAGGAAUAACACUAGUGAGACAGCAUGAUGUUACAGUCCCAAAGCCAGUACAGGAGAUGCUGUACAAGCAUCAAUAAGUAUGUGCCCUUAGUAGCAAAUCCAAUUAAAAGAACAAAAGCCAACAAUGCCCUAAGCUGUCUGUCAGAAAUCUUUGACCUCCAUAGCCUGUCUGUUUUGUUUGCUUUUUAGUCUUAGUAAUUCCCUAAAACAUUUGAGGACUGCUGUUUUUAGCAAAUGUUACUCAGUGUACUUGUUAAGGACUAUGCUCAGUCAUGGAUGAAAACACAUUUGGUGCUCUGGUGAGCAUUUACAGCUGCAGGGUGACAUGUGUGGGACUGACUUAAAAUACUCCACAGUGCCCGAGUUUAUAGUGAUGAAGACAAAUGUUACCAAGUCUAAGAGUUUGGCCCAGUGAUGAGUUUUUGCACAACAGACAGCUGGAGAGAAACAGGAUGGGUAGUCAUAGUAAAUCAAGUCCAUAAUGUUUUGUAGGCUACUGAAGCUAGCAAAGCAAUACUCAAAUACACUCACUGGUCACUUCAUUAGGUACACCUAUUCAACUGCUCAUUAACAGAAAUAUCUAAUUAGCCAAUCACAUGGCAGCACCUCAGUGCAUUUAGGUAUGUAGGUCAAGGCUGAAGUUCAUACCGAUCAUCAGAAUGGAGAAGAAAGGUGAUUUUAAGUGACUCUGAACGUGGCAUAAUUGUUGGUGUCAGAUGGGUUGGUCUGAGUAUUUCUGAAACUGCCAAUGUGCUGGGGUUUUCCCACACAGCCCUUUCUAGGGUUUACAGAGACUGGCUUGAAAAAGAGUUCUCUGGGAGAAAAUACCUCGUUGAUCAGAAGUUAGACUACAUUGAGCUGAUAUGAAGGCAAAAAUAUCUCAAAAAGCCACCUGUUACAACCAAGGUAUGCAGAAUAGCAUCUCCAAAUUCACAACACAUCAAACUUUGAAGCCAUUGUGCUACAACAGCAGAAGAUCUUACCGGGUGCCACUCCUGUCAGCUAAGACAAACGUUUCCUGGUGUGAUGACUCUCAAUUUUCUGCUGCAACAUUCAAAUGUUUGGGUCAGAAUUAAAUGUAAUCAAUAUGAAAGCAUGGAUCAGUUGUGCCCUGUAUCAGUCAUUCAGGCUGAUAAUGGUAGUGUAAUGGUGUGGGCGAUAUUUUAUGGCAUACUUUGGGCAUGUUAGUAUCAGCUGAACAUCAUUUAAAUGCCACAGCCUACCUGAGUAUUGCUACUGGCCAGCUCAAAUCAUCUCCAGCUGGUUUCUUGAACAUGAGACUGAGAAUUGAGUGUACUCAAAUGGCCUCCACAGUUCACCAGAUCUCAAUCCAAUAGAGCACCUUUGGGAUGUGGUGGAACAAGAGAUUCCCAUUUCUGCAGCCAGCAAAUCUGCAGUAACUGUGUGAUGGUAUCAUGUCUAUAUGGACUAAAAUCUCUGAGGAAUGUUUCCAGCACCUUGUUGAAUCUAUGCCACAAAGAAUUGAGGCAGUUCUGAAGACAAAAGGGGACCAAAUAAAGUGUCCGGUGAGUGUAACAUACACGCACACAUUCCGUGGAUAACAUGUGGCCAGGGCUUAAUUUAGACAGAGGUGGUUUUUCACAUUUGACCUUUUUAUUAAAAUUAUACAAAGAGAAAUUUUAGUUUCUAUAAUUAAUAUAAUGUGUGACUCCACAGGUCUCUUUUAAGAUACAGGUUUUGUGUUUUAGCAACCUCAGAGGAUACAUUGUAGCAAGUUUUAGUUGAAAGAGUUUUGAAUCUUCUUGAUGAAAUGUUUAAAUGUUUAAGUCUUGUUGCUUUUGCCUAUUUUUAUUAUGGCACUGGCACUGUCACAGUGCUAAAUGAGAAAACUGGUUAGAGCAUUGUUUAAAAUAAAAUCCUUAAUAUGGUGGUUAACACCAGUGAUGGGAUGUCACAGUUGCUUUAACUAAUCUCAGCAGGAACUUCAUGUGAACCACAAGCAAAGAUAGAAUCAAAUGAAGACGGAUUGUUUUGAAAGGACUCAUCAUGUAGUCAUAAGAUGACUUUUAAGUUGUAAAUUAUCUCUUAAAACUGCCUGUCAGGGAUUGCGUGUGAAAUAUUUUGUCACUGUCAUGUCACACAAGAACAUGGCAGAAUGGAAAAAGUGUGUAGCAACUAUUUUUAUACUAGUUGGAAAGAAAUAUAUCUUAUUUAUCAUUAGCUCUACUUUAAAAUUUUACUUUAUUUAUCCUUAAUUUAUUACAGUUGUUGAAUGUGAAGCAUUAUCAUUUUGUUUUGAUGUGUUACAUGUAUUGUACAGUAAUCAUAAAGAUUUGAGUGUGAAAGUUGUGUGAAAGCUGCCGUUCCAAAAACCGGUAAGAAGAUGGCUAAUCUUACGGUUCUUCGUUGAACCACCUCAGAGUGAAACCAAAGCCCUGAUUGCAGUGAGUCACUUAAAUAGGCUCUUGUUCUGUGUAACCUAUACAGUAUGCUCUAUUGGGUUACUGCAGGUUAUCAAGAGCUGGUAUAGCCGUGUCUUAUCCUGCUGACUCACAUGCACAUGCGCACAUGGAUAUAGCACCUCAUCAGCCAGUGAGGUCUUUGACCUUUGACCCCCAAAUAAAGAUAAUUUAUAAAUCCUGCAUUGCUUGGGUGUAGUCUGAGUUAUCUGAGCAGAUAGGUUGACUGUUCACUCACACGCCGAUGGUCAGUAGUUCCACACCACCCGUCACAUUCUCUCCGUUGACCUCCUGAUCAGACAGUCAGGAUGAGAGAGUUGAGAGUGGCAGUGGACGCUGUACUUUGUGUCUGUGUGCAGGUGUGUAUGUGUUUGUUUGUAUUCUAGGGGGAAUACUGUGUCUAAUUAGCAGAAUUUUGCACCUGCUUUUAACCACAAUAGAACAGUAUCAUUUUGUAAAACAGUCUACAAAUUAGUGUAUAUGACAUUUAUAUGCAGUAUGUUUACCAAUGAAAUACUCAAAUAGAAUUACAUGAACAACAUAUUUGUCUUUAAGAGGGACAAAGGAAUGAGGAAAAAACUGCACACCAUAUAAAGUGAUUGGGCUCUGUGGUAGACGUGGAAAUAAGUUUUAUUCUACACUUGAUAAUAGAAUAUUACAGUAUAUACAGUACCAGUGUCCAAACUCUUGACUGGUACUGUACUUCUUUGUACAGUGUGUUGUGUGUGGUUUCUGAGAUAAAGUACAUCUACUUCACUAUGUAGUGUUUUUCCUACAAUGUUAUGACAAACAUAGACUGGAUGUAGCCAGUCUAUGUUUGUCAUGUCACCCAAUGGUUUGUGAAGUUCUGCCAUGAAGCCUUGAACUGAGCCUGUUGGUUAUCUUUGGUGUUUUGAAACCAGACUUCACAAGCAAAGGGUAGAUGGCUGUGUGAGUGACGGCGCCCCUUUUCUAAAGCAUACCCUGCUUAAUCUUCCUUUUUAAUUCUAAUGGGGACCAUAAUUGAUAAGAUGAGCAUCAUGUUGUAUUUGAUAAGACUUGAAACUAGCCAAUGAGAGCUUAAUGAAUCAGGAACGUGAUACUGACUGUGUGAAACUGAGCUCAGCUCCCUUGCUCCAUUUACUGAGGUAAUGUAGCAAGGGAGCUGAGGGUCAUUUUCUUGUCAGAUUGCAUAGACUUCUGCAUAAUCUGACAUUUUAUUGAAACCAGAAGAGUUGCUCCCUGCUGGCCAUUGGACUGAAUUCAGGUUUAAUACCUUUCUACUGUGGCUUCACUUUUCAUGCCCUGCGGCUAUGUUCUCCUUUCAUAUACAGUGUGUGAUGAAAAAAAAGCAUAAAGGUUUGUCUAUGUAAUCUGCUUAUCCUUUAGUGGGUCAGGUGGGUGGGGAUGGGAUGGGAUGGGAUGGGGUGCUAAGGUUACCGCUCAACACACAGCGGGCUAACACAGAAGCUCACAUCUACAGCUAUGGACAAUUUAGAGUCACCAGUUAAUCCAACUUAUGGAUGUCUUUUAAUGUCAUAAUAUUAAAUAACUGGCACCAUAACUAAUUUUAUUGAUACUACUUUUUCCUGUUUUCCCUCUUUAACACAAAGGUGUUGCUUGUAACAGACCCUCCUGUCUUAUUACAGGAUUGAGGUUGAUUAGAAAUUUAUGUAGCACUUUGUUAUUUUCUUAUUGUUUCUUAUUGUUAUUUUCCCUAUUUCUUCCCUUUAAAUCUGAGCAUUUUUCAGUUUCUCUCAUUCUAAAACAUCAAAAAGGCCACUGAACUUCAAACUGUUUACAUAACCUAUAAAAACCAUGAGUUGAAUGUAAAUGGCCUUUCUCAUCCACAUGCUGUGACUGAAAACAAUCUCCUGACAUGCACUGUGGUUGCUCAUCGAAAUGGAAGUGUUUGAAUGACUGAGUGUGGAUCUCUUUCUUUUCUUUUUUUAUUGUUUUGUUUGUCUUAAAAUAUAACAAAUCUGAAAAUAUUCUGGCUAGAUUAAAGAAAAUGUGAUGUUGUUUCCUAAAUAUGCAGUAAUAGAACUACAGGAAUGGUACAGCGGUUAAAAAAGACAGAGGCAAAGUGUCUGUGUUUAUUUGUACAAUUGUGUGUUGCUUUGUUUGUUUAUGGCGUGUGAUUUAGUGCAUGAAGUACUCUCUUCUGUAGCUGU